CUUCCUCUGACUUUGCUCUUGAGCAGAGCUGCUAGAUUAAACCCCACCAGGACUUUUUAGUUUUCUUUUUUUUUUUUAAGCUUCAUUGUCUUAUUUUUAUUAAAAAUUAUUAUUUUUUUUUUUAAAAAGUCAAUCAUGAUCAGCCGAAACUUUAAGAAUGUGUUGGUGGUCUCCAUUGGAUUUCUGUCUCUGUUUACGGCGUAUGGAGGCCUGCAGAGCUUACAGAGCAGCUUGAAUGCGGAGCAGGGGAUGGGCGUUGCAUCCCUGAGCGUCAUCUACGCCGCCAUCAUCAUCUCCUCCAUGUUCCUGCCGCCCAUCAUGAUCAAAAACCUGGGCUGUAAAUGGACCAUCGUCGCGGGAAUGGUCUGUUACGUGUCCUACUCCUUUGGAAACCUCUACCCUGGAUGGUACACCCUCAUCCCAACCUCCUUCAUCCUGGGUUUGGGCGGAUCCCCUCUGUGGUCGGCUAAAUGCACCUACCUGACCAUCUCUGGGAACAUGCAAGCCGCCAAGGACAAUAAGAAGGGUUCUGAUGUGGUCAACCACUACUUUGGGAUCUUCUUCUUCAUCUUCCAGUCAUCUGCAGUUUGGGGAAACCUGAUGUCGUCGCUCAUUUUUGGGCAGGACGCCAGCAUCUCCGACAUUCCAGAGGACAUCCUACAAACCUGUGGAGCAUACGGCUGUGGAAUCACUCUUGAUACCAGCAGCAGCAACAGCACCUCCAGCAGACCUGCACAGAAGCUUGUGUGGACGCUUCUCGGCUGCUACAUUGGGGUUGGCGUUCUAGCGAUACUCAUCAUAUCGAUAUUUCUGGACAACAUCGACCACCAGCAGACCAGCCAGUUUCGGGGGAACCGGGAACCGUUCUGCCACACGUUCCUGGCCACGUUCAGGCUGCUGAAGGACUGGAGGCUCCUGACGCUCAUCCCGCUCACCAUGUACAGCGGCUUCGAGCAGAGCUUCCUCUCCGGGGAAUACACCAAAAACUACGUAACGUGUGCGUUGGGGAUCCACUUCGUCGGCUACGUCAUGAUGUGCUUCGGAGCCACUAAUUCUCUCAGCUCCUACUUGUUUGGGAGAAUCGCUCGCUACACCGGAAGGGCCGCCCUCUUCUUCUUCGCUGGUGCCCUCAACCUGGCCUGCAUCAUCGCCCUCCUGAUAUGGAGGCCUCAUCCUGACCAGCUGCCCGUAUUCUUCGUUUUUCCCGCCCUGUGGGGCAUGGCGGACGCCGUCUGGCAAACUCAGACUAAUGCUCUUUAUGGCAUCCUCUUCCCGCGGGACAAGGAGGCCGCCUUCGCCAACUACCGCAUGUGGGAGUCGCUUGGUUUCGUCAUCGCCUUCGCCUACAGCACCUUCCUGUGCCUGGAGACUAAACUGUACAUCGUGCUGGCUGUCCUGGUGAUUACCAUGAUCACCUACCCCAUAGUGGAGUACUACGAGUACAGGAAUCCCACGCAGCCCAUUGAACAGGCCACCUAUGAGAAACCCAAGAACAGAGCAGAGGAAACGGGCAUCAUUAGUCAGACUUGGAUGUAGAAGCUUUUUCGUUUUAUUGUUUCCUUCUUUGACUGCUGAGCCAGAACUCCUGCAACUGAAACAGAAAAAAAAGUUAAAUAACUAUAAAGAGCUGGAAAGCUUGUUCUUUUUCUUAAAUAGACCUUUUGUUGUUGGUUUUCUGGACUUUUUUUGCACUGCUAAAACCAGAACAAAUGUAAAAUUUAACAUUAAGUUAAAAUCAGAAGCUGACAUCACAAACUGAUUUUUAAUGUUUAUAAUCUUUAAAGGUGAAACUUUAUGCUCCUUUGAACAGGUUAGUUUAUGUUUAUUAUGAGCAAACAUUAUGUAGCUCCCCUGGGUUGCUAGGUAACGGGCUGGUCUCUGCGCAGGUUGCUAGGUAACCAUGUUUUGAAAUGGCCCAUUUUCAAGACAUAAAAAAAGCAUCAACUUAUUGCAGAUUUUUGUUUUCAUUUUGUGAAUUUUGCACAAUAUUUUCCCGUUAAAUAAAAAUGUCUUUUAGUUAAAUUGAUAGGUUUUAUUGAAAUUUCAUUGGUAUCUCUGUGAAUGUCUCUGGUCCUACAUGUUUAAAUCUUUAGUAAAUGUUUGCUGAAUGUUAGAUUUUGCCUUUUUAUCGUACCUUUUUAUUUUGAACUAUCUGCUCAUAAAGCCCAACAGCCUCCUUACAAUAAACUGUUUUUUACUCCGCUGUAAAUGAAAUAAAAUUUAUACUGUUUAUGGAAGUUUAAGUAAUAAAAGUGUUAAUUUGA